AUGGCUUCUUAUGCUCCGCCGGCGGGUUUCAGGUUCCAACCAGAGGCUGAAGAUCUCCUGCAGUUCUACCUCCCACUGAAGGCUACCGGACAGGAAUUGCCGUUCACGGGCGUUAUAUUUGAGUACGAUUUUUACGGCGAGAAACAGCCUUGUGAGAUAUGGGACAUGUUCGUUAACGUACGUCCCAGAGUGGACGAGACUCAGGAGGACCUAUUCUUCUUCACCAAAUUGAAGUGUUUGAGUGACUCCAGUGUCGAUCGGAGCGUCGGUUCUGGCGGUUCUUGGAGCAAUGAGUCGUGUAAGACUAUCUACGACCGUGGAACGAGAAUUCCGAUUGGCCAGAUGAGGAAAUUCCGGUACGUGAACCCGGGGUCGCCCCAAGAUGGUGCCUGGCUCAUGCGGGAGUACAGCCUGCCGAUGACGAAGGCUCUGCCCGCUGUGGAUUCUUCUUCUUCUUCGUCUUCUUCAUCUCCCUACGUGAUCUGCCGCUUGAGGAAGAACAACCGGCCCGACAGCGACAGCGACAGCAGCGAACCAGAAAGUGUUCCGCAUUCCCAAUCGAGAAAGAAAAGAAACAGAGUCAGAGCCAUCUCAGGAAGACCAGCGAAGUAG